AACAGAUGAAAAGGAGAGGUUUGACCCUUCCCAGUUUCAGGAAAGUAUUGUUCUCGGCUUGAAUAAAAGUGGCACAGAUUUGGACGCUGUUGCAAAAUUCCUUGAUGCCUCUGGUGGCAAACUUGACUACAGACGUUAUGCCGAGACGCUGUUUGACAUCCUGGUGGCCGGUGGAAUGCUGGCCCCAGGAGGGACCUUGUCGGAUGACAUGACCUGCACCGACUUCUGUCUCUUCAAAGCACAAGAGGACAUGGAGACAAUGCAGGCGUAUGCAAAAGUCUUUAACAAGCUCAUCAGGCGUUACAAAUACUUGGAGAAAGGAUUUGAGGAGGAGAUUAAAAAGCUGCUGCUGUUCCUCAAAGGCUUCACAGAGUCUGAGCAGAACAAGCUGGCCAUGCUGACUGGGAUUCUGUUGGCCAACAGCGACAUCUCUGCCUCCAUCCUGAGCAGCCUCUUCAAUGAGAACCUGGUGAAAGAAGGUGUUUCAGCGAGCUUCGCCGUGAAACUCUUCAAAUCUUGGCUCUCUGAGAAAGACAUCGGCUCUGUCGCUACAAGUCUGCGCAAGGUUGGCAUGGACAACCGGCUCAUGGAGGUCUUCCCUGCCAACAAGCGCAGUUGUGAGCACUUUUCACAGUACUUCACCAACGCCGGGCUCAAGGAGCUGGCAGACUUUGCCAAAAACCAGGAGUCCAUAGGCGCUCGCAAGAAACUGCAGAAGGAGCUCCAGGAGCAGAUGUCACGUGGGGACCCCCUAAAAGAUAUUAUUGCCUCCAUGCUAGAGGAAACCAAGAAGAACAACAUCUCGGAGCAGAAUAUGAUUGGACUAAUUUGGUCCAGUGUAAUGAGCUCUGUGGAGUGGAACAAGAAGGAGGAGCUGGUCACAGAACAAGCCAUCAAACAUUUAAAGCAAUACAGCCCACUGUUGAAGACCUUUACCUCCCAGGGCCUUUCUGAACUGACUCUUCUGCUGAAGAUCCAGGAGUACUGUUAUGACAACAUCCACUUCAUGAAGGCCUUCCAGAAAAUUGUUCUACUGCUCUACAAAGAGGAUGUGUUGAGUGAGGAGCCAAUUCUGAAGUGGUACAACGAAGCCCACCUCACCAAAGGCAAGAGCGUUUUCCUUGAACAGAUGAAAAAGUUUGUUGAAUGGCUCAAGAACGCAGAGGAAGCUUCUGAGUCUGAGGAGGAGGAGGAGGAGGCAGACUAAAGACCACGAGUCAGAACUGAACCCCGGUUAGUAUUUUUACAGCACUAGACGCAGUACAAGGAUGUGUAAAAGCAAUCUUUUUUUUCUCCUUCUCCUCUUUACUAUUCUCUACCUCCUUGUAUCUGUUCAGCUCUAACGUAAGGGCUUUGAAACUGUUUAUUCUCACUAUAUUUUCUGCUGGUGUCGAUACUCCCCGGUCAUUUUGCCACAGUUAACUAAACAGGAAGCCCUUCCGUCUGAUAAAAGUUUUAUUUUUUUAUUUUUUUUUGUAAAGAUGCAUCCCUUUAAAACGAGCUACAUGGACGGCAUAAUUCACAGCUAUUGUAUUAGUCAUGGAAGUUGCCAGAGGUCUGUCUGCGCAGACAUGAUAUGUUGGUCCUCUGAAAGGCUAAAGGCUUUUUGUAUCCUUGUUUUAUGUCUCUGCCAAAUAUGUGACAACUUUGAAUAUACUGCCAGUUUUUUAGAUCCUGUCUUCAUUGUUGGCCAUGGAGCCGUUUUCAAACAAUGACGGCGGCAGUCAGCCAUAAAACUCUGUAAUUGUUCUGAGCACGCUGCUUAACCAAACCAUGCAUACCUGGAGGUUUAUUUCCAUCACUGUAAAAUAUGGAUUUUGAAAAUAAACGAAUCCUGGUUUUCA